CCCUCCCAUGUAAAUCAAGUCCUUAAUGCUCUUUCAGUGUCUGCAAAUUCAGUCCUAUAUAAGCUAGACAUCCUUCAUUUCAAACACAAGAACUGCCAGCGAGAGGUGAAAAGUAGUUAUGGAAGCUAAGGGAAAUGGCAGCUCGACAAGGAAGGCCAGCCCUGGCAAGGCUACAAUCCUGGCUCUCGGCAAGGCAUUCCCCCACCAGCUUGUCAUGCAAGAGUUCCUCGUCGAUGGCUACUUCAGGAACACCAACUGCGAUGAUCCGGAGCUCAAGGAGAAGCUAACUCGACUAUGCAAGACAACGACUGUGAAAACUAGGUACGUUGUGAUGUCGGAAGAGAUACUCAGCAAGUACCCUGAACUCGCCACAGAAGGUCAGCCCACAGUCAAGCAGAGGCUGGACAUCUGCAACGAAGCUGUGACGCGAAUGGCGAUUGAAGCUUCGCAAUGUUGCAUCACGAAGUGGGGGAAGUCGGUAUCGGACAUAACUCACUUGGUCUAUGUCUCGUCGAGCGAGGCCAGGCUGCCAGGUGGUGACCUCCACCUGGCGAAAGGCCUCGGGCUGAGCCCUGAUACGCAUAGGGUCAUGCUCUACUUCAUGGGCUGCUCAGGAGGCGUAGCAGGGCUCAGGAUCGCAAAGGAUAUAGCUGAGAACAACCCGGGGAGUCGGGUUCUUCUGGCUACUUCGGAGACCACGAUCAUUGGGUUCAAGCCGCCGAGUGCGAGCAGGCCGUAUGAUCUGGUCGGAGUGGCGUUGUUUGGUGAUGGUGCAGGAGCAAUGAUUGUUGGCACGGACCCCAUUCAGGACGCCGAGAGUCCACCUCAGUAUGAGCUUCACACAGCCAUUCAGAACUUCUUGCCUGAUACGGAGAAGACGAUUGACGGUAGAUUGACGGAAGAAGGGAUCAGUUUCAAGCUUGCCAGGGAGCUCCCGCAGAUUAUCGAGGAUAACAUUGAAGGGUUCUGUGGUAAGUUGAUGGAAGUUGUGGGGAUGUCUGAGAAGGAUUAUAACAAACUGUUCUGGGCGGUUCACCCGGGCGGACCAGCAAUCCUGAACCGGGUGGAGAAGAGACUGGAUUUGAUGCCAGAGAAGCUGAAUGCGAGUAGAAGGGCACUGAUGGAUUAUGGCAAUGCUAGCAGUAAUACCAUUGUUUAUGUGCUGGAGUAUAUGGUGGAGGAAGGGUUGAAGAUGAAGGAUGAGAAGAAGGAAGGAGAUUGUGAAUGGGGUUUGAUUCUUGCUUUUGGACCCGGGAUCACCUUUGAAGGGAUACUUGCAAGGAACCUGACAGUCUGAUGAAUGGUUUGUUUCUUUGGCAUAAAGUCUCUGUAACAAU